GGCCGGCAGCAGCAUCUAGUGGCCAUUUCCUCGGCGUCUGCUGCAGGGAGCAGGCCCCGCUCCCUCACACGGGCUGGGAAUGCCUUAAAGAGAGCUCACCAGGAGUGAUUUAUGCAAAUGUUAUAAAACAAAAAUGUAUAAAAUUCAAAAUGCAACGUGGCUUAAGGAUUAAGGGGGAGAUGGGCGCUGGAAGGCAGGUUCCCGUGGGCCUCAGCCCCAGCCCCUCAGGCCAGCGGCUUUGGGGGUGACGAGAACCCGCUGUGCUGAACGAGGGGAGCGGCACUGCCGGCGUUUUGGGGCGAUUCGCCCGCUUUUUGGUAACCCCGGGCACUCCCCGGCAGCCCCGCGAAGGGCCGCCCGCUGCGGCAUUUUGUCCCCUGCGCCGCUCCGUCCGUCCCCAUGGCAACGGGGCCUAGCAGCGAGGCGGGCGCCAUGGCGGGCGGCGGCGGCGGCCCCGGCGUCUUCCUGGUGGCCGUCAACGGGCAGAUCGAGAGCGGGGAGUUCCCCGGGUUUGACGAGCUCUACUGCAAGUUCUGCUUCGUCUACGGCCAGGACUGGGUCCCCACUGCCGGCCUGGAGGAGGGCAUCUCCCAGAUCACCUCCAAGAGCGCCGUCGCGCCCACCACGCUCGUCUGGAACUUCCCCAUCGAAAUUACCUUCAAAAGCACCAACCCGUCCGGCUGGCCGCAGAUUGUCGUGAGCGUCUACGGACCUGAUUUUUUUGGGAACGACGUGGUGAGAGGUUAUGGAGCCGUUCACGUGCCCUUCACGCCUGGAAGGCAUAAGAGAACCAUUGCUAUGUUUGUUCCAGAGUCCACAUCUAGGCUGCAAAAGUUUACAAGUUGGUUCACAGGGAGACGUCCAGAAUUUACUGACCCCAAAGUGGUAGCGCAGGGAGAAGGAAGAGAAGUAACGAGGGUGCGAUCUCAAGGCUUUGUGACCAUCUCCUUCAACGUAGUGACUAAGGAUAUGAAGAAGCUGGGCUAUGAUGUGAGCCCGAGUGACAUGCAGACCCCCUGCGUGCCUACUGCAGAAGGGAUUCAUAAGUAUUGAACUCAGAAGUGAGAUUUACAAAGGCUCACACAGAAGUUAGAUGCUUUAGGGGCUUUUUUUGUUUGUUUCUUCAAAUGGAGAACGAGCAUCUGACUGAAGAAAGAAAAUUUCACCUGACACCUUUAUUCAACAAGAAACUCAAGCCCGUGAGGCUUUGGAGUAAUUUUCUAGAGUAUAAUUUAUAUCAUCGGUUUAUACCAUCAGUUCUGUUUAGCAUUUUUAUGUGUAAUACUGGACCUCUCAAGAGAAGACCUACAAAGUAUUUUUUAUAACAGCCUCUUUUUUUAUACGUUAUAUACUUCAACUUAUAGUUGUAAUGGUUUUCAUUUGUUUAAAACAUCAGUACAAACCCAGUUCUUUUCACUAAUGUUUUUGUGGUAGAAAUGGGAAAUUGAAAUUAUUGCGCCUUCCAAAAAGGAGAAAUUAUGGAAACGUUCCAGUGAAACACACACACACACUUCUCUCUGCAAAAUCACAGCAGGUAUCCGUUACUAUACCUCAUAGUCCUCUAGAGUUUGUGCAACUAAAUAAAAUAGUUUAUGCACUGUAGAAACAAACCCUUCCCCAUUUUUAAGUGAAGGAACCUAGGCUUUUGCAUUUAAGAACAAGACGGCGACUCUCUGUAGAUUUUACUUCUGCAUCAAGCUUCAGGAGAAAGAAAAAGGACAGCAGUUUAUUUUACAGGAGUUCGAGAGACCGUAGUGUUAGGUAUAUGCGUGCUGUGUGCUUUUAACUUGUGAUAGAACAAACUGACUUUUAAAUGCAGCUGUUGACUAAAAAAUAAGCCUUAGAAAAGGAGCUGAAAUGAAAGUACACAGAGUCUCAGUAAACCAACUGUGUAUACUGUAUUUAGCUUCAAGUCAUGUUAGUUACCAGAGGCACUGUGCUGUACAUGACAGUCAGGAGCAGCAGCAAAGACCUCAUCUCUUCCCUUAGGUAGGUCUCUCCAGCCCAGCGGAGCCUGAUGGUUGAUGCUUUGGGUAGCCAAGGCUUUAACUGCAACAAUUUUAACAGGCUUCUGCCAAUAUAAUCAGAUCACGGUUGGUAGUAUGGGUUCAAAGAAGAGAGAAUAUCGUGCAAGGAAAAUGUUUGUUUACAGAGAUAAUGUACCGUGGCUUUCCUUAGCUGGUGUUCUUAUCAGAAGAAAGGCAUUAAAAAAGCAACAUAUUGAUGUUCAUGUCAGCUAUAAUUAGGUUUUCCCAUUGCAUAACCUCAGAGAAUGACCGAAACAAUGUUGUUUGUUAUUAGUGUGACACAAGCUCUGAAGCUAAUUUGCUAUUCUCGGAUGUCUUCAGCACGAUGACCCAAAGCUGGCCCCCAGUCUAAACAUCUUUUCUGCUGUCUUGUCAUGGCCUUUCACUGAAUCCCCCUCUAAGUUAAUGUUAGUGCUCUUCUUUUAGGCUGAAUAAACCCAAUUGUCUAAA